CCUGCCUCUCUCUCUCACUCUCUAUCACCGCCUUUCAGAUCUUUAAAAGCUGGUGCUUUGCUGUGUCUCUCUCGAUCUCCAUUUGUCUCCUCUGGCACUGCAGGGGACUCAACCGGCAAAGCACCAAAGGAGAAGCUACUGUAUAGGAAGAAGGAGGAAAAAAAAGAAAGGGGGAAGAGAGACAGAGGUAGAGAGAGAAAUAUACAUCCAGAAAUAGCAUCAGCCACAUUUAAACUGACAGAGAGUGACAGUGUGGAGAACCUGAGACCUGGACACAAAAUGCCUAUCCUUUCUAACUUAACAACCGUUGUUUUGUUGCUGAUUGCUCACUGCGGAUCGUGGACCGGGGCGAACCGCUUGGGCCCCUUCAAGGUCUGUCCCUCCUGCAGGGAUCCACUGGGGGCAGGUCGGCCCCCGAGGGACCACAACGCUGCCGGCAGCACAUCGGUGUUGGCUUCCGGGGAGCCCUGUGGCGUUUACACCCUGAGCUGUGCCAAGGGGCUCCGCUGUGUCCCCCCACCCAGGGAGCACAGCCCCCUCCAGGCUCUGUUGCAGGGAAGGGGCAUUUGCGCCAAGCACAGCAGGACAAGUCCCACCGAGAGGCCCCACCCCACAGGUCCACAUCCCUCGCACAGUGGUGACAUUGAAAAAGCUCCCUGUCGCAAGCUGCUCAACAGCGUCCUGAGGGGUUUGGAGCUGACGAUCUUCCAGUCCGACCGCGACAUCUAUAUACCCAACUGUGACACCCGCGGCUUCUACAGGAAAAAGCAGUGCCGCUCCUCCAAGGGCAUGCAGCGUGGCCACUGCUGGUGCGUGGAUGAGCUCGGCACGCCCGUCCCUUCACGUGCCACCGAGGAUGGCACUUUACCAUGCGAUGGGGAGUGAGGGAUGAAUCCGUCCUUUUGCUCUGAGCCUGGAGGAGGAGGAGGAAGAGGAGGAAGAGGAGGAGGUGGAGGAGCAGGAGCACAGGGAGAGGGGGUGGCUUUAGCAUGUGCUAGACACUGCCUGGACAGGAGGUAGCAGGGAUAAACCACUUCCUAUGGAAAACACACACCAGUUCACACACUCUCACAGUCCAGCAGCAGCAGCAGCAGCAGCAGCAGCAGCAGCAGCAGCAGCAACAUCUGCCUGAAUGUUCAACAGUUGCAGUCCUCUGUGUCGUCCGGCGGCGUGCUGCAUGCUCACAUCCAGCCUCGGUGAUCACUCCCGAUGAUCUCUGUUAUCCCCUGGCUCUUGUCCCGGCUUUUCUGGUAGAUUUUACUUUGUUCCUUUUUUCCACUUUAGUAUAGCUGACACUGCCUGUGUUUGUUCUGAUCUCAGUGGGCUGAAAUACUGUUACGCAGGUGAUGCGACACAUUACAAAAAAAAAAAAACACACAAAAAAACCCAAAAAUGUGUCUCCCUCACCGUCCUCUCUCCCUCUCUCCAAAGAUACACUGAUAUCAACUAAUUGACAGAAUAUUUCUUUUUCUAUUAAUUUAUUUUUGAGUCUGUAUUUCCAUCAAGUACUGCUUGAAUCUCACAGUAUCUUAUAUAAAUGUCAAGUCAGAAAAAAAGAGAACUAGAAUAUGAUCCUGAAUGCUUCUGUUCAUUUCAUUUGGCGUUCUGACUGCUUAUUAGUUGAUUGUUUGUACAUAUGUUGGAAUUUUGUGGUCGACUGUGUGUUCUAAAGUGGCAGACAAAAAGCUUACGGCUGUUACCCUUUUCAAAAAGUUGUAAGGCAUAUUUUUAUACACGUCAAUAUAAUAUUUUAUAUAUGAAUUGUUGGUUUAUUUAAUGAACUACAGUACAAUGCCAUGUAUUUUUAUAUUGUCAGCAGUUUCUUAUUUAAAGACAGAGAUUAUUUUAUUUCAUGUUAGGGGAAGUGUUGUGCUUUAAAGGCACCUUUAUGGCAAAACUCAUCACAUUCAUCAGAGCUCUAUUCAACUGCUGUACAUCUUAUGGUUAUAUCUCAUGUUUUUAAUUUCCUUUUUUAAAAUUUUUUAUUUAUGCUUUGUUUAGUUGAGAAUCAAGAAUGUCCAUGUUACUAUUAUGUUUUAUUUUCCUCACAUCAUAACUAUAAAUUCUUGAUUUAAACGCAGGAAAAAAAUGUGGUCAAAUUUGUUCUUGUUCUCGUCCGUCUUUCCCGAGUCCUUGCAAAAGUCAUGAAAUUGUGUGCUAUUAAAAGUGUGAUUAGAAUUUAUCUAUUUCUGAACCAAUCUUGUUGUGCCAAUAAUGUGUGUGCCGUGAUGAAAGGUCCAUGCACAGAGGACCUGUAAGAUUUGCAAAUAUGAAAAUAAAACAUAAUGAUAAUAAAAAUGGAGAAGAAUAAAACAUAUAUUAAUAUAA